UCUUGCUUCUGUCCGAACUUUUCUAUUCUCUCCGAAACCGUCCCCAUAGCCCAGGUCUCUUCAGCUCAGACUGGCGCGCGCGCCAAGACAGUUAAAUGGGGUUGCUCGCCAUGGCAUUUGGCCACCCCCCUGACGAACAGCAUGGCAUUGAUAACGACCGGGCCCCUUUACUCCCCAAUGUGGUUGAAUCUCGAGACCAAGUGCCCGUUCGAAUUUCUCGCCGGCUCUACACGUCGCACUUUUUAUCAACAUGGAAUUCUCGCGUAUUCGAGUUCGGCGCUGUGCUGUACCUGGCAACCGUCUUCCCCGGGACCUUGUUGCCCAUGUCUGUGUACGCCUUGACGCGCGGGCUUUCGGCCAUUCUCUUUGCCCCUGCCAUCGGGCACUAUGUCGACACGGGCAACCGUCUCCAGGUCGUCCGAGUGUCUAUUAUCUUCCAGCGCCUUGCCGUCGCGGCAUCCUGCGUAAUCUUUUAUAUCCUCGUCAUCGACCUGCCACUCGGACGUGGCGGGAGAACGGGCAUGCUUGUGUUCCUGUCUUUCUUAGCCUGCGUUGAGAAGCUAUGCUCCAUCAUGAAUUUAGUCUCGGUUGAGAAAGACUGGGUCGUGGUUGUAGCGGACAAGAACCAUGCUGCACUGAUCAUCAUGAACGCACAAAUUCGGCGCAUUGACUUGCUAUGCAAUCUCUUCGGCCCCCUUUUCAUUGCCUUGCUCGACGGCUUCUCGACCGAAGUGGCUAUCAUUGUCAACAUGGCCAUGAACGUCACGUCCAUCGUCCUCGAGUACUUCGCUAUCGCCCGGGUCUACUACGAGGUUCCGGCACUGCAGGAGGUUAGGGCGAGACCACGGCGAGAGCUGACAAACGACGAACCGGCGCAGGCGCGCGAAAGUCAAAGCCGACUCGCCCAAAGUUGGGGGCGCGCCCGUGGCGUCUUCGGAAAGUCUGCUAGGGAUUUCAACUUCUACUUCCGCCACCGCGCGUUUCUCCCUUCUUUCGCGGGCGCCCUGCUCUACCUCACCGUAUUGAGCUUUGCAGGCCAGAUGGUGACCUACCUGCUCUCGGCCGGCUACACUGCAAACCAAGUCGGCCUUACGAGGACGCUGAGCGUGUUCUUUGAAGUAUUGGCGACAUGGGUGGCGCCUUGGCUCAUGGGACGAAUUGGACCUGUGAGAGCUGGGCUUUGGCUCAGCAGCUGGCAAGUUAGUACGCUAGUCGCCGGGAUCACACUCUUUUGGAUCUUCCAAGACAAGCCUGUCGUCUCGGCCACCGGUCUCGUGGGGGGGACCAUACUGAGCCGUCUAGGGCUGAGAGGUUUUGACCUUUGCGUACAAAUCAUCGUCCAGGAGGAUGUCGAGGUCGAAAGCCGUGGUGCAUUUUCUUCAGUUGAGGCGGCGUGGCAAAACGGCUUUGAGCUUCUGUCUUUUGCGACGACUAUCAUCUUCUCCCAUCCGGAGCAGUUCAAGUGGCCCUCACUCAUAUCCGUUGGGGCCGUUGCUUCGGCGUGGGCAGCAUACAGCUUUUUCGUCUACGUCCAAAGAGGACAUUUGCUUCACCUGGACGCACUGGGGAAGAUGAUGGGUACCAGCCAGGGGAACCAGAGGGAGAGAGAAGUUGGGGUCGGUCGGAUCACAUCGGAAACUAACAUUUAGUCACAUUCCAAUGAUCGAAUCUCUAUUUUUCUACAAAUGGAAUCACAACGAAAACCCUCUCGGCCAGACCCGCCAUUGAGAACCUCGCCAGCACUUCACCCCCAUACUAUCAAUGAGGCAUAUUUCGGCAUUUCUGAAGGCGAGCUAGUGGCGGCCUGGAUCCCAUGACAUAAGAUUUCCUGUCUGGCGUCGAC